AUGCAGAUUGUCGUCCGUCCAAUUUCCGGAAUCGAUUUUACCCUGUCGGUGGAGGACAACCAAACUGUGCAAGAACUUAAGGAAAACAUCAAAAACAAAACUGGCGUACCAGUAGAUCAAAUGCGUCUAAUCCACAGAGGACGUCAACUGAGCAACGAAACAGAGUUGGGUACACGCAAUUUCAAAGAGCUGGAUAUCGUUUUCAUGCUUUUACGUCUUCUCUCCUGUAGUAAAUGCCCGUGUUAA